AUGGCGGAUGACAAGGAUUCUCUGCCCAAGCUUAAGGACCUGACAUUUCUCAAGAACCAACUGGAGCGCCUUCAGCAACGUGUGGAAGAUGAAGUCAACAGUGGUGUAGGCCAGGAUGGCGCAGUCUUGUCCUCCCCUUUCUUCAAGGGAUUCCUGGCAGGAUACGUGGUGGCCAAACUGAGGGCAUCAGCAGUAUUGGGCUUUGCAGUGGGCACUUGCACUGGCAUCUAUGCAGCUCAGUCAUAUGCUGUACCCAAUGUGGAGAAGGCACUGAAGAACUACUUUAGGUCACUACGAAAGGGGCCUGACUAG